UGGAACCGAAUGGAGGAAUCACGAUAACCGUAUCGCGUUGCGCCACUGAAAAUGACGGGUAAUAGCGAAAGCUCUAGGUUAAUUAUUUCGCGAGAAUAAUCCUUUGAUCCGGUUGGUAAAGGAAAUUAGUUAAGAAGAAUUAGAAAGCAACGGUUUUGUAAUUUCACGCGGCUCGAGUAAUUUCCUUGGAUAAUUGCAUUUUGAUGGCCAGGUUUCAGGACAAAAAAUGGAAGACAACAGCCGGGGUGAAAGUUUGUGCAAAGUUUGCGGUGAUAAAGCGUCCGGAAAGCAUUAUGGAGUCCCGAGUUGCGACGGAUGUCGCGGCUUCUUCAAGCGGUCGAUCCGCAGGUAUGCAAGAAACCUCGAUUACGUUUGUAAGGAGAACGGACGUUGCAUCGUGGACGUUUCUCGUCGUAAUCAAUGCCAGGCAUGUCGAUUUACCAAGUGCCUUCAGGUCAACAUGAAACGAGAUGCGGUGCAACACGAAAGAGCUCCACGAAAUACAUCGUCCCUGGUUGCAGCCGCAAGGAGAGGUCCCUCGGGAUUAUAUCCUGGAAUUCCACACGUUUAUCACGCAGCGAGCAACCCUUACCAUCCUCUUCUGUAUCCUGCGCUGUUCCCUUUCAAGCCGACCAUGUCGGCUUUCACCCCGUCGGUCGCACACUUUUUACCCCGUUCACCGACAACGGAAUCGUUGACAGUGAACGCCGCGAAAGAGGACGAAGUGACGAGCUCGGAGGAAGCUGGAUCGAUCGACGCUAGAAUCGAACCGAAGGAGGAGUUGGCAAGCGCUCGAUUAACACCGUCCAUUGCUAAUUCCGGAUCGACCGAAUAUAUCUCCAGCUUCUCCAUCCUGCCCACGGAAAAUAUCUACGAAUUCGCAGCGAAAUUGCUCUUCUUUGCUGUCAGAUGGGCAAGAAGUAUUCAUUCCUUUUUGCAACUGCCCUACAGAGACCAGACUAUCCUACUGGAAGAAUCUUGGAGCGAGCUUUUCGUGCUCACCGCCGCGCAAUGGAACUUCCCCGUGGAGGAGGCCACUCUCGUACCGAACGAUUUAUCAUCCGAAAGAAAGGAAACGCUGGUCGACGAAGCGAGGAAAUUGAGGGAAUUAUUGGCAAAAUGCGCUCUCCUCAGGGUCGAUCAUUCGGAAUACGCUUGCCUCAAGGCUAUAGUUCUUUUCAAAGGGGAGUCGCGAGGGCUCUGCGAACCGGGACGAAUAACGGCGUUGCAGGAGCAGACGGUAGCCGUGUUUUGCGAAAGGGAUGCGCGAAGAGUUGGACGACUUUUACUGUUGUUACCCUCUGCGCGAGCACUCUGCCGAUCAACCCUUCAGGAGUUGCUGUUCAAACCGACAGUAGGGGAUGUUAGCGUGGAACGAUUGUUGGGCGACAUGGUCAGCGCUCUCAGACCGACAUAACGCCAAUUCGACUCGGUCGAUAUAACGCUUCUCAAACGGCUAACCAGUUUAUACCGACCAUCAUUUCAAAGAUAAUUGUACUUUCGAUCGAUCGUCCUUUCUUCUUCUCUCUCUCUCUCUCUCUUUCUCGAAUCUCGAAUCUCGGUUCAAAGAGAAAAUGCCGAUCAGACGAAAGUUUGAAAAUUUUACGUAAAGUCUAGUCAAUUCUUCGCAUCGGUUGUGUAAAUUACGAUGUAAUUCUGUUAAGUCUUAAAUCGCAAUCUUAAACAAUGUACAUAUAUAUAGAAAUAAGAAUGUUCCAGUAAUAAUAGAAGUAGAACGAAACGUUGCUCUUUCUAAUUGCGAAAUAAUUAUAUUUUCUCUUUCUUCUUUUUUUUUUUUUUUUUUUUUCUAAAAAAGAAAUCUUCGAGUCUUUGCCGAUAGAUUAAAACGUUAGCAUUUUCUGAAACUAAAUAUAUAUAUAUAUAUAUUUUCGAGAUAUGCGAAAGAAUAUUAUCUUCGAAAUAUUUACUUUUGUGGAUAAGAAACUUAUGGAAUAUUGAUAGAGAUUAUACGAUAUAGGCAACGCGUAUUUACGGUUUAUUUCAGCAAAACCCUCUGAAUUUCUGAAACGUUUAUUCUCACAUCACAACAAUAAAAUUCGUUUACACAGUGUAUGGGCGUCUGCGACGAUAAAUAAAAUUACUUUAUAUGGAUGAUUAUCGGGAAGAUUGGCAUCAAAGAAAAAAAAGAGACACUAACGCACACUAUUUUUUUUUUUUUAUUAACUAGAAUAAUUUAUUCUUUCAUGGUAGAAAAAGGAGAAUGUAUCUUAACUCAUGGACUGCAUUGUACUCAUAUAUAUAUAUAUAUACAAUUACAUACAAUCCUCAAUUGAACGUUACACAUAAAUUCAUUAUAGAUUGAUCUCUAAUUAUUUCCUUGUCCUCGUGUGUUUCUGCGUGUGUAUGCAUGUAAAAAAUUGUUCAACCCAAAAGAGACAACUGUCACUUCUUUUUUUUUCAUUUUCUUCUUCUGUCGUUUCACUGUCCGGAAUAUGUAUAAUGGUAAAAAAAAAAAAAAAAAAAAAACUGUCUCGAUUAUUUUACAUAGUUGCGGAGGGGAAAAAAAUAGCUCCGAGUGCGAUUUUGUUUAUUUUUGUUUCUUUCCUUUUCUUUUCUCUUUUUUUCUUUUCUUUUUUUUUUCUUUUUCCUUUUUCGUCCGUGAACUAAAACAAAGACAGAGACGGAUAGCGGAAUUGAAAGGUAUGGAGUGGAAAAAAAAUGGGAGAGGACAAACAAGAAAUUCAAGAUAGAAGAUUUUUCGUGAAUGGAAAAAAACGUGGAGAAAACAGGGGAAAUGAUCGAUGGAAAAUCACGGAUGAAUCAUCGAUCGUCGAAAAUUAUUUCGAUAAAGUGCGAAAAAAAGAUGAGAAUGAGGAUCGUAGGAAAAGAAUAUGAAAUUUUUUUUUUAUCGUUCUUGGACCACAGGAAUUAUGUUUCAAAAUUGACAAUUCGAUCGAUACAUCGAAAAAUUAGUAUGAAAGAAUUUUGGAAGAAGGAUAAUCGUUUCUAUUUUUUCUCUUUUUUUCUUUUUUUUUAAAACGAUUUUCUUCUCGAAUUUGAAAUACGAUCUCAGCGAAACUUUGCACUAGCUACUCUUUGCUCUUUUUUUCCAUCUCCUUGCUUUUUUUUUUGUUUCCUGACUUUCGUGAAACCCAUUUAAGCUAUUUUCUCUGAACUUGAAGAACAUAUUUCGUUCUUUUUUUUUUUUUGUUUUCUAUGCUCUUCGGUUUGCCUUCGAUUUCUUUACAGCAUCAAAACGCACAAAUAUAUAUAUGUUUAUAUAUAUGUCAAACUGAAAAAAAAAGAAAGAAAAAACGAAUGAAGAAAAUCCUUAUACCUUCUUGAAAAAUCUAUUCGUGAAGUGUGUGUCUCGCUUUUUCGUUUUCUUCCUUUUUGACAUUAUCCUUUUUUUUUUUUUAGCUUUUUUUUUAAUCCACUCAUUUUACAAUAAUAAUAAUAUUCCUAUACCGUUCUCCUUGUUUAACGCACUUACAUUCAAAUAGAAUUUUAUUUUUAAAGUUACAUAAAAUUUUGCGAUUAAGUAAAUCGGUAAAUCUCGCUGCGUUUAUCGUUUGUCGGUCUUUUUCUUUCAAUUCAUCGUUAUUAUUAUUAUUUCCCUUUCUCUCUCUAUAUAUAUAAUAUUACUUUAUUUUAUUUUAUUUACGUUUUUUUUUUCUUAUUUUAUCUUCUCUCUGUGAGGAAUUGUUCUCGUCGAGCGUGUCGCUCGCUGAUGAUCACGGUGCAUCUUCGCUCACGCGCGCGCUUUAACGUCCACUUUUCGCCAUUCUUCGUUCCCCGUUGAACUUUCUUAAUUAAUUAAUACCAUAAGAAUAAUAAGAAUACGAAUAAUAAGCAAUAUAUAAUAAUAGUUAGAUAGAGUACUAAUAAUAAUAGGAAUAACAUAUUAAUCAAAGAACGAUCAAUUUUGCUCAGAGACGAAGGGAAGGAAGCGAAUGAUAUACGUAUUUUUUCUUUUCCUUUUUUUUUUUUUUAUUUCUAUUCCUUUCUUCUUUUGCGAAAAGCAAGCAGGCUAAAAGCGACUUUUCACCUCGCAAUUUUUUCUUUUCUUUCCUUUUCUUUUUUUUUUUUUGCUCGUUUAUUUAUUUUUCUCUCUCCUCUCUUUUCCUCCGAAUUUUGAUGGCACGAACAAAACAGGACGUUUGCUCGCGCGUUUAUUCGAAAAAAAAAAAAAAAGAAAAGCGACGUCAGCUGGCGCGUGAGCGUUACAAAAUGAAAAAGACGCGCGUACAUCGGCGUCUCGCCCGAUUUUUCCUGUAUCUUUUCAACCAUUUACGCGAAUCGAAUUAACAUUAUCCAUUUUUUUCGUUUUCUCAACUUUUCUCGUUACCUUUUUAUUCAAAAUCGGAUUUCUUUGCUUUGUUUAAUUAUUCUUUUUUUUUUUUUAAUCGUUUCGUUUUUUCUUCCAUUUUCGUAAAUUAUCCGCAUUUAUAUCCAUGAUGAAAUUCCUAAUGAUUCUUAAUUACGUAUACUUUUUCUUCUUCGUUUUUAUUACAUAUGAAAAAAAAAAAAAAGAAAAAAAAAGAAAGAAAAAAGAAAAAAGAAAAAAAAAAGAAAAGAGACAAAAAAACAACACAACGGCAUUUCUACUAUUCCCAUUCUAUUUUUAACGCUAAUAUGUAGGACAAAAAACUAACAGAUUUCGGUAUAAUAACAAAUCAUCGCCCGUCGAGCCCGAGACGAGUCACGAGUCGAAAAGAAGGGAAACGAAAUUUUAUUCAUGUUUCGUUAAAACAUGCCGCAAAUAAUAUAAUUAUUCGCGCUUCUAAAUUUCAACUAUCCUCGAGACGCUCUCGGGCAAUUCGACGUGACGAAAUAUAACAGGUUUGUCGGCUCUGACGACCAUCGUUCCUCAUUUCUCGCCGAUCUCUUCCGCUUCGACGAUGGACCACAACAGAAAAAAGAAAUCUCGAGGCCGCCACCUCUCCGUCCAACGUUCCCAUUUUCUCGUUGCUUCCUUUUCAACAUUCGUAACGUAUAAUUGUGCAUCUACGAUAAUAAUCCCAACUUCAUCGUCACGAGCAGCUUUACAAUACAAUUACAAUAUAAUAUCUUUAUACCUCGUGUAAAUCGUAUUACGAGAACCCGUCGUGUCUACGGAUAUUAAUUUUUUUUCUUUUAUUGCUGUCGAAGCGAUUUUUCGAUGGUUGUGGCAGUGACACGCGCGUUAAUCAACAAUAGGAACAAACGACGAAAAAUACUAUAUCUCCGUUUCGAAGUAAAAUACUAUUCUCGCCUCUUCCAAACAUUUCCACUUGUUCCUUAUAUAACUCUCUGUUAUUUCGAACGAUCGAAGAACGUUUAGUAUCUUUCUCGUUCGCCCUUAUCCAAUAUCCGACAGGAUCUCGACAGGUUCCCGAGACACGAGAUACUCGAGGAUCAAUUCUCAACAGGUGUAAGAUAUUCUCGAUUCUCUAUAUAUAAUAACUUCUCGGUAAAAAAAUAUUGUGGGAGGGAGGGAAGGGAGGGGGGAGGAGGGAGGGAGGGGGAGGGGUUUAAAGGGGAGAAAGGGGAACACCGAUUCGAAGCGGAAGACUCGAACGAAGGGAAAAGAUCGUCGAGAAACGGGGAAUUCCAGCUAUACUUCACACUAUAUACAUUCAUAAGGGAGAGGGCUCAGUCGAAGAUGAACGAGCAAGAGUCGCGAAAAAAAAAUAAAGAAUGGAGCUCGCUUGUUUCUUCGACAUUGGAGGGCUCUCGCCUCGACAGAGCUCGCGAACACAAUAAUUCUAUUUCAUAAUUGUUUUUAUCAUCGCUAUUUCACGUUCAACUAUUUCCUAUUGUAUGAAAGGGGAGGGGGGAGGAGGUUCUGUGGAUGGGGUUUGGGGACACAUUAUUCCUUUUUUUUUUCUGCUGGAUUCAUCAUAACUGUCUGCGAUGUUACUCUCUCGCGCGAUUUUCUUCUUCUUCUUCUUCUUCUUCUUUUUCAUUCUAUUAUUAUUAUUAUUAAUAUUAUUAUUAAUAUUAUUAUUAAUAUUAUUAUUAACCAUCGAAGAGUAUGUAUAAUAUUAUAUAUAUCGUGUCUCCACUGUUGCUUUCGAACUCGUCCACGUCUUAUCCGAAACGAGUGAAGGAAACGAAACAGAUCGAACGAAAACCGUAAACUUUGUGUGAUCCAUCGAUCGGAUCGAUCGAUCACGAUUGUAUCGCCGCAUUUUAUAUAUAUAUAUAUAUGUAUACAUAUAUGCACUUUUAUAACUAUUGAUAUUUAAUUGAUGAUGAAACGAAAAGUUUUUUAUAUAUAUAUAUAUAUAUAAUAAAUAAAGAGAGAUCGUUCGAAGAUUGUGUUGUGCUGACGGCGAUCACCUCUCGAUCGAUCGAUCGAAAUUUCUUGUGUGCGCGUGUCAAACGACGCGAUGCGUCGUUCAUCCGAUAUACGUCGUGCAAACGAUCAAUUUACAUGAUGAUUUUGAAAUGAAAGUAAGAAAAUAUAGGUGCCUCUGUCAACGUGCGUAUACGUUUAAUACGUAUAGCAAAAAUAUCGUAUCAUCUAUAUAAUAUACCGAUUUACACAAAUAAAAAAGGAAGAAAAGAUGAGAGAAAAAUAUAUAUUUUCCGGUAACUGAAACACGGCUCGUAUAAAUCUAUAAAUAUUCUUUCCUAUACACGACUGUUGUUUCCUUCAUUAUCUCGUUCAUCGUAUUCGUUAUCUCAUAUUUUUUUUUCUCUUUUUUUCUUUUUUUUUUUUUAAUCUGUUUCAUAAUCAUUCUCUAUGUUCUUGUCGCUGGCUUUAGUUUUAUUUCUUAUUUUUUUCUCUGCGUUCUAUCGUAUAUGCGUGUAAUUGAGGUACGGUUAAUAUCUGCUUUGUAGCUCUGAAAUUUGCGAGGUAGUCUUGUGUUGGGGCGCGCCGCGACGGCCACUCUCGUCGCGGGCGUCGAGCGUCGAACGUCGUCCCGUUUAUUAUCGUCCCCAUCCGCGAUUCGAAACGUUCAUAAGGCCCAAGUCUCGCGUCCCUCUAAACGUGGCUUAGAAAAGUGGGAGGAGACGAGAGAGUGAGGGGGGAGGGGGGAAAGAGGGAAAGAGAAAAAGAAAAAUAAAGAAGUAAAAAAAAAAAAGAAAGAAAGAAAAGAAACGAAAAGAAAGAAAAAGAAGAAAAAAACGAGAUAGGGAGGAGAGAAGGAUCGCGAGACGAAAAAGGAAAUAUAAUAUUAUUAAGGGGUUGACGACGGCAGUGAUUUGUCUGGACGCCCGUGACGUCGAGGUCGGCCAACCAGCGGCCACGCCUUGUUAAAAAAUCCCAUGGGUUCUAUUGUAACAACUAUUGCACUUAUGAUUUGUAUAUCAAUGUCACGCUUCGUAGAUGCGGCGUAGGUGUCAAAUGUAAAAAGAGUACUGUUGUUUUGGAUGAUAAGGAGAGAGAGAAAGAGAAAGAGAAAGAGAAAGAGAAAGAGAAAGAGAGAGAGAGAAGAGAGGGGAAAAAAUAAAGGUGAAACUAUUUACGAGUCUUCUGCAAAGAUUUUAACGAAAUAUCUCCUCGUCGUUUCGUCUUUUAACGUACAAGUAAUCGAGGAAAAAAUAAUUAAAAGGUUGCAAGUUGACUUCUCGAUGGAUUACCACCGCCCAUGCGUUCCUAUCCUCAGAUUUUUUACAGACGUAUUCGAUUAUAUUUCCAGUUCCGUUGAGAUCAGUUUGAGUGAAUUUAUAUAAUCCUUUCCCCCUUUAUUUGUACGUUAAAAGAUUGAAAGAUUAGGAAUAAAAAAAUCUCGUUAAAAUCCACGUAGAGGACACACAUCGGCAGUUCGGCCGGAAAAGAAAAUAUGAAAAAAAAAAAAAAAAUUAAAUAAAUAAAUAAAAUAAAAGGAUCAGAAAAAAAGAUCGGAGAAAGACUCUUGAUGCAUGGACACUCUUGCAUUAGAACGUUAAAAACCUUACUAUUAUUAAUAAUAAUUGUUAUUUAAUUAAUAGGUACCUUUAAAUGCCAUCCGGUUUCCAUUAUUAUUACUAUAAUUAUUUACGAUUUCUAUCCUCUUUUCAUCAACUUCUCACUGCAAGCUUUCUCCACGCUACUUAAUCUUGCGUCUUUCUUUUCUAUUUAACAUUUUAAUCUCUCUUUUUCUCGUAUUUAAACCUAUUUAUCUCUCUUUCUUUUUUUUUUUUCCACUGCGAUAUUCCUCUUUUAUAUAGCUUAAAAAACAAAGAAAAAACUGACAAAAUAUAUAUGACGUUAUUACGGUGUAAAUAUAUAGAAUAAUCUAUAUAUAUAUAUUUAUAUAUAUAUCGAUAUAUAUAAUAUAGCUUUUCUAUGGUAAAUCUGGUUCGUUAAUAAACUCUUAAACACUUAUUACAGGCGGAGAGAAUCGGUCUCUUUGUUUCCUUUCUUCUUUUCGUAUCAUAUCCUUCGUUACUGUUUUAUAUAUACCAUUUCCCGUUUUUCUUGCAUGCGCGACGGUUCUAUUUUCCAUAUGUGUACAAUAUAAUUACGUACGUACAUACGUAUACUGACGAUGUUGUUGUUAUUGUUGUUGUUGUUGUUGUUGCGUCUAUGUAUCAUUUUUCAAGUAAUCAUAUAUGCAAGUACGUGUGCUGAUGGAUUCGAUCGAGAAAUAAAGAUACGCGUCUCGUUACAAAAAUCUGUGAUCUGUGCGGAAAACAAAAACAGAAUUUCAGCUUCCCUUUCAUAUAUAAUUCUGUUUACACGCACGGCUUUUCAUCAUCUGGUUACAUCCUGGUGUCGAAAAAAAAGAAACUUUCUUUCUUUCCCUUUUCCCAUUUUAUGAUUUCCCUCUUCUCCACUCUUUCUUUCGUUCGUUCUUUGCUUCUUUCGUUUCGUCAAAUUUUUUUUAGUCCGGUUUUUUAUUUUUCGAAUCGUCUCUCUUUGCGUUUUCAAUGAUACAGGGCAAUUCCUCACGUUCACCUACUAAUUUUAAUCCAAACUCGCUAGCGGGUGCUCCCCCUCCAGAAAAAAACGAGAAACGCAGCUCCUCCUUCCUUUUUCUUUUUUAUCCAUCUUCUCCUCUUCUAUAUUUUCAAUUUCCUUUUUUUUCUCUUUUCAACCUCUUGUGAUCUCUUCGUCGAACACAAAAAAGCGCCCCGAAAAUUUCAUUUCAACAAUUUCCCUCUUCUUUUUAAUUAUCAAUUAAUCAAUUAAUCGGAUCGAUCGAUUUUCGGAAAACAAGACACACCAUUUCGUUUCUUCCUUCUUUUUUCUUCUUCAUUUUUCUUCACACGAUGACCACUCGGCCAACCGCCGAAUGCAGAAAUUUAGCAUCUGGAGGGAAGCGGCCCGCUAAAAUAUAUACUUUUUUUUUUCCUGCCUUACAUGUCUAUGUAUUUUAUCUCUAUGCUUCGUGUACUUAAUGAUUAUCCAUAUAGUAUGUAGUUAAACUUUAAAUAUUAUCCACUAAAAACACCAUAGAUUUCUCUUUCGAAAGAUCGAAAAUAUGUUUCCCUUAAUACGCUUCGUAAAAGUGUUCGUGUAACGCGCGCGCGCGCGCGCAUGUGUGUAUAAUGUGUGUGUGUGUGUGUAUGUAUGAAGAGGGGGGGGAUAGCGCGUCAUGGCGCGCGCACGCGUGUGUGUACGUGUAUGCGUGUAAAGGUGAAUCCGAAAGGAGUUCGCGAUUUCCAACGAGUUACAAAAAAACCAUAAAAAGAGAAUAACAGAAUUUAUCGAUUCUACCAAAGACCAUAAUAAGUAAAAAGAAAAAAAAUCAAAGAAAAUUCGGGGAAAAAGGAGCUUAAAAAAAAUAGUAAGACGAUAAUAAUAAUAAUAAUGAUAAAACAUCGAACAACACCAAAAAAAAAAAAAAAGAAAAAAAAAAGAGUAAAGAUCAUCCCGAGGAAAAAAAAAACUGAAACCGUGACGACACACGAAAAAAUUUGUUGAUCGUUACAAUAGUCGAAAACCAGAAAGAAGAAACACGCGUUUGUUCCCUCGAUCGAGGAAAUUCGUGCCUGUCAAUCGGUACUUCAUUCCAUUUCAUUCUUCCCUUCCUUUCUUUUUCUCUUUCUUCUAUUAAUUAAUUUCAUGAACUUUUUUUUCCUCGAUCGCGCAGGCCGUUUUUUCUUCGUUUUAUCGUCCUUUCGACAAAUACAUUUUUCUCACUUCGAAUUCGCGAGUUUCUAUUAUUAAUUGCUUAAAAAAAAAAAAAAUUGCGAUCAGCGUUUUAUCGUUAUAAUUAGAAUUAGUAUUUUCUUUUUUUUUUCCCUCAUUAUUAUUACUAUUAUUAUAAACAUUAAGAUUAUUAUACGCCAUAUCUUAUUAAUUCAUUCCCUCGUUUUUUCCCUUCUUUUUAGAUCUCUCGUCCGUCGCCAAACCAAAGUUUUAUCAACAAUCGUUCUUACGUUCGUACGUAUCCGAACAAUGUAUUUCCUUCCCGUAAUCGAAUUUAAAAAAAAAAAAAAAAAAGAAACAAAAUGUACGACGAAAAAAUAAACACCCUAUGAUUCGACGGUAUUCUAUUUGAUUAUUGCAAAAAGAGGAGUGAGGGGAAAGAAAUUAGAAUGAACGGAAAAAAAUUAUGAAAUCUUUAUCCUGGUAGGCAUCAUCGGAACGAGUUCCUCGGAUCAAGAAAAAAAGAACGAGUUUUCCUUUUCAUUUGUGUUUUACACGGAAUUCACGAAAGUAGUAAAAAAAAAAAAAAAAAGAAAAUAAAAAAAUAAAAAAAAGAAAAAAAAGAAUAAAAAUGAUCAAAUCCAAGACACAAAAAUACAGGCUGUAGUAGAUAUUAGGUAAUAAUAAUAGUAGUGUGUAGUAGUAGCGUAGUAGUAGUAGUAGUAGUAGUAGUAGUAGUAGUAGUAAUAGUAGUAGUAGUAGUAAUAGUAGCGAUAAUAAGUAAAGUAUUCGAUAGUGUGUAAGUGAUUAUAUAGAAGUUUUUCUUUAAUAAUAGAAUAGUAGCAAUUAAAGUAAACUAAAGUAGACAAAAAAUGAAUUAAUUACGGUGAAAUUAUAGUAAUCACAGGGCUCGCCUUCGUCACGUCUCUCGUCCUUAAUUACGGUAAAACUUAUUUGCUCCUCUUCAUCUUCCUCUCACUUUUCUUCUUUCGUGUCUCUUCUUUUCACUCGAUAUUUUUCCCCACCAUUUUUCCUUACCCCUUCGUUCUCGAAGCUGGUGAAAAGAACUAGAUAAACGCAAGAUCGAAACGAGCGAGAGCGACGAGUGGAUCGACGAGCCCCGCGGUAGCACAAAAAUUAAAACAAAAAAGUCAUUAUUAUACCCAAAGUAGCGAGUGCGAAGCAAAAAAAAAAAAAUGCAAGCGCGGAGGUUGUCUCCGUCGGCAAUGCGCAACCUCUAUAUUAUUUAUCAUUUAUAUCAGGAAAAUAGUGUUUUCUUCUUUCUUUUCAAGCACGUGUUAACUUCCAAGUAACAUCUUUUCCACUUGUCCCUUAUUAUUCAGCAAUAUUUCGCAAUUAUAUAUUUUCCUUCCCUUCAAAAAAAAAAAAUCGUCGUUCUCUCAAUCUUCCGUUGAAUAUCGUUGAUUCGAAGAUACUUCGUAUUAUAUCGUAUUUUCUUUUGCGAUCGGUUUCGCGACGAAAAAAAAAAAAAAAAGGAAACAGAAAAAUGAAACGGCGUGUGUUGCCGUUCUAUUUUCAAUUAUGAUUAAGUAAUCCCGUUACGAUUAUUAUUUAGUUCGUUAUACAUGCAAUCAUUGUUCACAAAUUACAUGGAUGUCUCUUUUUUUUUUUUCUUUUUUUUCCCCACUUUUCACUUUAUAUCCCACACUUGUCCUUCGUCAACGUCCUUUCAUAGGUUCUUCUAUUUUCCUCGCUUCUUUCUCAUUCAAAAGAUCCCACGUACCAUCCUCGGCGUGCGUAUAAUAAUUUACGUAUAUUCAUAUAUCUAUAUAUAUAUAUAAUGUACGUAUAUAGUAUGCGUGUGUGUGUUGCGGUAUGCGUAAAGAUAGGUAAGUCCGUUUUCUUCUCCUUUUGCGUUUCGUGUAUUUCGAUAAAGUGAAGUAGAACAUUAUUAUUCUGCACGGUCAUCCCUAGCGUCGUGCUGAGGGUCGUGACCUGAUUUUAUAUUUCCCUUCUUUUUUCAUCUUGUGAGUCCUUUUGUUUUUUUUAUUAUUUUUUUCUUUUUUUUUUUUUUUUAUUUAUUUUUUGUAAUUUCAUACAAUCCAUUUUUCUUCCCUAUAUUCUACAAUAUAGAAUAUAUGUAUAUAUAAUAUAUAUGUGUAUAUAAAACGAAAGCUGUCCUCUUCUUUGCUGUUGAAGUGAUAAUGAUUUCGUUAUUUUCGGUUCUAUUUUCUAUUUUUUCCUUUUUUUUUCUUUUUUUUUUUUUUUGCCCGUCCAGUUUGUCGUCAGCCCUUCUCGUUCGAUCGUCACUCGUGUGCGUGUAUAUAUAUAUAUAUAUAUAUAUAUUUUGCCCAUUGUUACAGCACAUUGUUAUCUAUGUCGCGCGUGUGUUUUUCUGCACUACCACCACGUGUUGAAACGAAUGUUUCCCAAAUGAGUUUUACAUUUUUUUUUUCUUUUUCUUUUCAUUUCUUCGUGUCCAAAAAAUUUCGUUUGAUUUCUCCUCCAUGAGCAGGGAACCAUGUCGGACUAGCGUGUAUACUCGUCCGUUUCAUUCAUCCUUCCGAGUCCGGUCACUCGUUGCGUUUCCAAGCAAACUACUUGUACUUUUCUCUUGUCGUGAAAAAUGUCAUUCGGAAGUCCAUUUGCGGGUCGAUACGUGUGUAAAAUAUACGUGCGGAUGUAUUACUUUCCGACGAUUCAGCUCGAUGGGCCACGAGUUCGCACGAUCCUGAGUAUCCCUGAAUUUCCAUCUCUCGCCUGUUUCUCGAUCGGCGAAAAGACAUUGUAACACUCGUGCUUCCGCGCUUUCCUCGUCGUUGUCGUGUGCGCUUCUCAUCAUCCUUUCCUUCUUUCUUUCAAUUGUGUUCUUGCCGAUUCCUGUGUUCUCGAUACCGUAUCGAUUUUUCCAAUCAUCAUGCUGAAUUUGCGCUUAGUUUGCUUUGCAUUUUUUUUACACGUGUCUUCGAUAAAUCGUUUGUUACCAUCGAGCUUCGCGGGUAAGAUUUCGUAAGAAAGAAAGAAUAAUACGUGGCACAGGGUUCCAAAUCGAAACAGUUCUAAAAAAAAGCAUAUAAAGGGGGCGUUAAAUUGAUCCAAUCGAUCAAUGAGGGGAACCGGAAAGAACGAUUUCCGGAUAGGAACAUCGUUAAAUCGUUAUAUAUAUAUAUAUAUAUAAGAAUGAUAGUCUUUUCCCAUAAUUAACCGUUUGGCUAAUCGGUAUGGUCCCGCGAUCGUGUUUGCAACACGUUGUUUUUCGAACGCGUCGAGUUAGUUUCCGAAAAGAUAGCACAAAAAGUGACGGAGGAAAAAAAAAAAGGAAAGAAAAAUUCGUUCUCGUAAUUUUUCUCCUUUAAUUCAAAACUCGUCGUCAGAACUGUUUCGGCUCGGACACACAUUGUGCUUCCAUACGUAUGAUACAGAAGGUAUAUAUGCAUAGAAUGUAUGUACAACGUGCGUAUCGACUUCUUGUCGCGAAUGUUGACCUGACCCAAAAGCGUUUGUUGCCUUUUUCCCGUCAUCUUUUAUGAUGAGAAAAAAAAAAAAAAAAAAAAAAAGAAUUAAUAUAACCGGCAAUAUAACGUCGAUAACCAAUUCGUUCUAAUUUUAAUGGCUUUGUGCUCCGCGUUUAUUGGAAUUUCUCUCCGGACACGUGUAUAUAGAGAGAGGCUGAUGUUCUGCAAUAUGUAUUAUUCUAUGAAACUUCUGCUAUGCGUGUGCGUAUGUGUGUUAUGUGUGUGUUACGUGUGUAUACGCUUUCCUUUUAUCCCAUUUGUAACAAAAAAAAAAAAAGACAUAUAAAUGCAUUAAAUAUCUAUUAUAUAUCUAUAUACGUAUAUAAAAUGUUAUAAAAUGUAUCAGCGAACGGGUAAACAGAACAACAUUCACGAACGUGGCAAUCGUGCGAAACAAACGUGUGAACCGAACAGAAAAACGAAGAACGUGCAUAAACAUUUCGUACAAUCAAAUAAUUGGUAUAAUAAUAAAUGGUAAUAAUAAUAAAAAAAAAAAAUAAAAAUAAAAAUAAAAAAAAAA